AUGCCGGAAAUAACUCACAUGCAGGUCAGCAUGAGCAAGGAAGAACAAGCAGAAGAAGCGAAGAAGCAGAAGAAGAAGCUCUUUUAUUGUAUACAGCAGUCUUUUAACAGUAUUGUGAAUAAAGAAGGCAGCAUUCCAACAGCAAUGAAUCAGUUCACUGUGAUAUAUGCCUUAUGCCCCUGUUUCCCCCAGUUAUUCUGCCAUGUUUAGCGGCUCAUGCAAGCCUUCCUGAACCUGUACUCUGCGGGAAACAUGCUGUUCCAGACCUGGACUGCCGAGGUCUACUGCUGCCCCAGGAAUGGUGUCUCCAUCUGCAUGGACUUCCACUUGGAGUUGGUAAGCCAGCUGACAGAGAGUGGGGACGUCACCCAGCUUCUGGAAGCCCUCUGCAGGCAGAUGGAGCACUUCCUGGAUGACUGGAAGGAGCUGGUGAGCAGGAAGCGCAGAGAGCACUUCUACCUCAGCUUCUACAUGGCUGAGCAGCUGGUCCUCCUGAGCACUGAGCUCAGGAAGCAGAGUCCCAGCGAAGCUGCCCUCACGAUGCUGUCCUUCAUCAAAGUCAACUGCACCCCAGCUGACAUCUUAAGGGCCACCGAGGGGUUCAAUGAGGCCCCCAGACACCACAUGAGGACAGUGAUGGAAGAAUUACCACCAUUGCAAUCCUCUAAGAUCAGCCUGGUGACCAAGCUGAGGGCCAUCAUGGAACAGUCCCUGGAGUGCAUGAGUGACUUUCUGCCUGGCUGCCUGGACCUGGAGGCCUUGGGCCAUUGUCUGGCUCACCUGGCCAGGAUGGGCGGGCCUCCUGUGGAGUGGUCUCUUCCUGUAGGCCUGCAGGCUGGCCAGCCCAAGCUGGUUAUGUGUGGCCACUCUGAGGUGCUGUUGGCUGCCCUGGCUAUCUACAUGCAGGCCCCAGGCCAGCCCCUGCCCACCUUCGAUGAGGUGCUACUCUAUACCCCAGGGACCACGGUUGAGGAUGUAGCCCUGCUCUUGCACCGAUGCCUGGCCCUGGUUUCCCAGGGGCACAAGGUCUACAGCCUGCUGUUUGHGGACCAGCUGAGCUAUGAGGUGGCCUGCCAGGCAGAGGCCCUCUUCUACAGCCUGUGCACACAGUGUCCCCUGGAGGACUACCAGCUAGUACUGGUCUGUGAUGCAGCAUGGGAGUGCUGUUACCUGCCCUCAGCCUUCAGCCAGCACAAAGUCCACGUCAUCCCCCAGGCGCCCCUCCAUGCCAUCCAGGCCUACUUGGCAUAUCACUACCAGGUCUCAGCACAGACCUUGUCAGCGGCAGCUGUGUUCAGAGACCAGAUGUGUGUGGGGAUCGUGGCUUCAGAGAGAGCAGGAGUUGGAAAAUCUCUCUAUGUGAAGAGGUUGCAUGAAAAAUUGAAAAAGAAGUUAAACAGUGAAGAGGUGCCUUUAAAGAUUGUUCAGUUGACUGACACUCAGGUGGAUGAGGGCCAGGUCCUGGGCUCCGUCCUAUCUUUCUGGGAUGCUCAGUAUUGGAAAAUGCCCAUGAUAUUCCACUUUGAGGUGACUGCUUCUGUACAGACUGGAACUUGGGUCUUUCUUUUCAAACUCCUCAUUUUACAAUACCUAAUGGAUAUAAGUGGGAAAAUGUGGCUUCAGAGCCCAUGCCAUUUAUAUAUCAUUGAAAUUACAGAAGGAAAUUCAGUACUGCCAAAGAGAUCUACAAAGCUGAAUCCACGUGCCCCCCAGAUCAGUUUUCUUGACAUCUUCCCCAGAGUCACCUGCAGACCUCCCAAAGAAGUGAUAUCCAUGGAGCUGAGCCCUGAGAGGAGCUUCAUAGAGCCUGGAAUGGAUGAGAGAGAGUUCUGCAGUGCUACUUUCCAAAGACCUUACCAAUAUUUAAAAAGAUUCCAUCAAAAACAAAACCUAGACACAUUUCAAUACCAAGGAGGCUCUGUUGAAGGUACCCCAGGGGAGUGCAUCCAGCACCUCCUCAUAUAUUGUGGGGUCAUCAACCCCUCCUGGUCUGAGCUCCAGAACUUUGCUCGGUUCCUCAACUCUCAGCUCAAGGACUGUGAGGCCUCUGUGUUCUGCAAUCCAGACUUUACUGGAGAUAAACUACUGGGCUUCAAUAACUUUGUGGUCACCUUCAUGAUUGUCAUGGCAAGAGAUUUUACCACACCAGCACUUCAUACCUCUGACCAAAGUCAAGGGAAGCACAUAGUCACCAUGGAUGGGGUUGAUGAAGAAGAGCUUGCCCCCUUCACUCUCCGGAGGAGGUGGGAGUCAGAGCCUCACCCAUAUGUGUUCUUCAAUGGUGACCGUGAGACCAUGACAUUCAUAGGCUUCUAUCUCCACCCCAAGGAGAAUGGCAGCGUUGAUGCCAUCAACCAUCUCAAUGGGGAGAUAAUCAGGAAAGAUGUCAUGACAGAAGAACUGUACAGGGGGCUGUUGCUUCAGGGGGKGCCCUUCAAUGUUGACUUUGAUAACCUGCCCAGACAUGAGAAACUCUUGAGACUCUGCUGGCCGCUAGGAAUUCCUCAGGCCCUUGACCCUGAUGAAACAUAUGAGCUUACAACAGACAACAUGCUCAAGAUUCUGGCCGUUGAGAUGCGAUUCCGCUGUGGGAUCCCAGUUAUCAUCAUGGGAGAAACCGGCUGUGGGAAAACCAGGCUUAUUAAAUUCCUUAGUGAUCUGCAGCAUGCUGGUACCCAGGCUGAGACCAUGAAGUUGGUCAAGGUUCAUGGAGGAACAACCACAGCCAUGAUUCACUCCAAAGUCUUAGAGGCUGAGAAAACUGCCUUAUCCAAUAAGGACUCACACCAGUUGGACACCAUCUUGUUCUUUGAUGAAGCCAACACAACAGAAGCCAUAAGCUGUAUUAAGGAAGUCUUGUGUGACCAGACUGUGGAUGGCCAGCCCCUGGAGGAGGACUCAGGCUUGCACAUCAUAGCUGCCUGCAACCCUUACAGGAAGCACUCCCAGGAGACCAUCUGCCAUUUGGAGUCAGCUGGUUUGGGGUACAGGGUCAGUGCAAAGGAGACAGCAGAUAGGCUGGGCUCCAUUCCCCUCAGGCAGCUGGUGUAUCGUGUCCACGCCCUGCCCCCGAGCCUGAUUUCUCUAGUGUGGGACUUUGGCCAACUGAAUGACACUGCUGAAAAGCUCUACAUCCAGCAGAUUGUGCAGAGACUGGUGGACCAUGUCAGGAUCAGUGAAGACAAGACUCAUGUGAUCACAGAAGUGCUCUCCGCCUCUCAGAGGUUCAUGAGGAACACUGAAAGUGAGUGCAGUUUCGUCAGCCUCCGGGAUGUGGAGCGCUGUGUGAAGGUGUUCACAUGGUUUCAUGGCCGCAGCGAGAUGCUCUUGGUGAAGCUGAACACCUUUCUCUGCGAGACCAGUGUCAGCAAAAAUAACUUCAGGAGAGACCCUGUCCUCUGGUCCCUGGUGAUGGCUGUGGGGGUCUGUUACCAUGCCUCCCUAAAGGAGAAGGAGUCCUACCGCAGAGCCAUUUGCAGGUAUUUUCCAGAACCAUAUGACGACAGCAGGGUCAUCCUGGAUGAGAUCACACACGCACAGGAUCUUUUCCUGAGUGGGGUGCCUCUGAGGAAAACCAUAGCCAGGAACUUGGCUCUGAAGGAGAAUGUCUUCAUGAUGAUCAUCUGCACUGAGCUGAAGAUACCCCUCUUCCUGGUAGGAAAGCCUGGCAGCUCCAAAUCUCUUGCCAAGACCAUCGUGGCAGAUGCCAUGCAGGGCCAGGCUGCACACUCCGCUCUCUUCCGUAGCCUGAAGCAAGUCCACCUGGUGUCAUUCCAGUGUAGCCCUCACUGCACCCCACAGGGCAUCAUAARCACCUUCAAGCAGUGUGCUCGCUUCCAGCAGGGGAAAGACCUGCAGCAGUAAGUGUCUGUGGUGGUGUUGGAUGAGGUCGGCUUGGCAGAAGAUUCCCCCAAAAUGCCCCUGAAGGCUCUGCACCCACUGCUGGAAGAUGGGUGCAUUGAAGGUGAUCCUGCCCCCCACCAAAAAGUCGGCUUCAUAGGUAUUUCCAACUGGGCCCUCGACCAUGCCAAGAUGAACCGGGGCAUCUUUGUGUCCCGCGGCAGCCCCAGUGAGAAAGAGCUCAUAGAGAGUGCCAGAGGGAUCUGCUCUUCAGACAGCCUGGUGCAGGACAGGGUCCAAGGGUACUUUGCUCCUUUUGCCAAGGCCUAUGAAACAGUGUGCAGCAGGCAGAACAAGGAAUUCUUUGGGCUUCGCGACUACUAAAGCCUCAUCAAGAUGGUCUUCGCCAACGCCAGAGCAUCUAACAAGAAGCCUUCUCCACAGGAUAUUGCACAGGCAGUCCUUCAGAACUUCAGUGGCAAAGAUGACAUCCCUGCUUUGGACAUCUUCAUGGCCAAUUUACCUGAGGCCGGGUGUGUGGAAGAGGUCAGCACCCUGGAGCUCAUCAAGCAGAACAUUUGUGGGAGUAUGCAGAACAUACUCCCAGCAGUGGGGGAACAGGAAGAAGCUGAAUCCCUCUACUUGCUCAUACUGACCAAAAACUACAUGGCCCUCCAGAUCCUGCAGCAGUCAUUCUUCAGUGAGGACCAGCAUCCCAAGAUUCUCUUUGGUUCCAGUUUUCCCCGGGACCAGGAGUUUACCCAGAUCUGCAGAAACAUCAAUCGGGUGAAGAUCUGCAUGGAGACCGGCAAGAUGGUGGUGCUGCUGAACCUGCAGCACCUAUAUGAGAGCCUGUACGAUGCGCUCAACCAGUACUACGUCUACCUAGGGGGCAAGAAGUAGGUGGACCUUGKGCUCAGCACCCAUUGUGUCAAGUGUCGGGUCCACCCUGACUUCUGCCUGAUUGUCAUCGAGGAGAAAAAUGUGGUGUACGAGCAGUUCCCUGUGCCCCUCAUUAACCGGCUGGAGAAGCACAAGCUGGACACCAGCUUGGUGCUGAAGGGAUGGCAGAAGAGCAUUGUGUAGGAGCUCACGCAGUGGGCAGAGGACUUCGCUGAUGUGAAGGCCCAUCAGUUCCUGGCUGGGCACAAGUUCAGCCCUGCUGAUGUCUUCAUCGGCUACCACUCCGAUGCCUGUGCCUCCGUGGUGCUGCAGGCUGUGGAGAGGCAGGGCCCCGGGGACCAGACAGAGGAGCUAUACCACAGGGUGUCUGAGGAAGCCAAGCUGAUCCUGCUGGACUGUGCCACAACAGAUGCUGUGGUGCAGCUGAGCAACUCUGCACUAGGCUCAUUUGCUGCGCAGGUGCUGUCGCAGGAAUACUGGUACAAGCAGCAGCAUCAUUCCUUUGCAGAUUUUCUCCAGGCCCAACUUCACAAUGGGGACUCGGAGUGCCAUGCCAUCUUCACAGAGGUCACCACCUUCUCCAGACUGCUGACGAGCUGUGAUUGCGAGGCCCUAGGGGAGGAAGUGAAGAGCUUGGCCCCGAAGCCCGUGAUCCUAAGCAGCUUAAUGAAGACAGCCAGAUGUAAAAUCCUCAUUGUCCAGWUGGAUUUUGAUGAUGGCGCUCACAGUGCUCAGCUCAUUGCAUCAGCUAAAUACUCUGCUAUCAAUGAAAUCAACAAAAUACAAGGAACUCAGGGCUGCAUCUUUGUUUAUUUCAUCACAAAACUGUCCUGGAUGGGGAGCAGAGCAUCCUAUGUGGGAUUCCAUGGAGGGCUAUGGCGGUCUGUGCACAUCGAUGACCUCCGGAGGUUCCCAGUCAUGUCCUCUGAUGUGACUAAGCUGCAGAGUGUUACCAUCAGCCAGCUGUUCAUGCCAGGAGACAGCCCUGAGCGUGAGUUGCAAGGUUUCAGCAACCAGGAGGAGGCAAUGGAGGCAUAGAGUAGCAAGUCAGGGGAGGUGGCAGAAAUGGAAAUGGAAGAGGAAGGUCCCAAGGAGAUGGAAUGGGAGGCUGUGGACCUGAGAGGUGGUGAUGCACAAGUCCUGGACACCACCAGACUGCUGAGGAGCUGUGUGCAUAGUGCUGUGGGGAUGCUCAGGGACCAGGAGAGCAGCACACGCAACAUGAGGAGAGUCACCAUCCUCCUCAGCCUCUUGAAUGGGGACAGUGUGUGCAGUGCCUCAUUCUUGUGGAUAUCCAAGAUGCGCCUCUCCGUCCUUCUAAAGAAGCAAGAAGAGAACCAGCUCUGCAGUCUGAAAGAGUGGGUGGGGCGAGAGGCUGUGAACCAGGAUGCACUCCAGGAGGCCAGCACCUUCAGGCAUACCCUUUGGAAGUGGGUCCAAAGCGCAGUCACUCCUCUGCUGGCCAGCAUGAUCUCUCUCAGCGACAGAGAUGGCAACCUCGAGCUUCUGAUUAGACCAGACUCACCAGCCUGGGCCCGGGACCUGUGGAUGUUUAUUUUUAGUAACACUAAGUUGCUGAACAUUCCGCUUAUGAUGAAUAACAUAAGAUCCAAGAGUGAGAUGUCCUCCAUGGUGGUACAAAACCAUAUGAGCCUUCCCGAGGGUGCUAGCAACAGUGUCCCCUUGAGCUGGAGAAUCAGGGACUAUCUGGAAGACCUCUGGGUCCAGGCCCAGUACAUCACAGAUGCAAAAGGAUGGUCAGAGAAGUUAGUGGAAAUCUUCCAGCAGACUCCCCUGGGUGUGUUUCUUGCCNUCUUGAGUGGAAAAAAUCAGGAACACAUUCUGAAUUCCUACAGGAAAACAUCUCUUUAUGAUUCAAAAAUACAUACUGAAAACCCUUGAAAACCCCAGUUUCUGCAGAUGGCCCUGUGGUCCUGUGUCUGUGAGCAGCGAGCAGCCUCAGGGAGUCCUGAGGAUGGGCUCUGCCUGCCGUGGGUGCACCUGGCCUAUCAGCAUUUCAGGAUCCGGCUGCACAACUUCCCCAGAAUCUUGACCAUCCACCCACAGGUUCUGCAGAGCCUCACUGAAGUUGCACAAAAGCACAACAUGGCUGGCAGUGAGAUGACACUGGAUGCAUUUGCUGCAAUGGCCUGUGCUGAAAUGCUGACAAGAGACAUCUUGAAGCCAAGUCCCCAGGCCUGGCUGCAGCUGGUGAARAAGCUGUCCAUACCGCUGGAGCUCGUCUGCUCUGAUGGGUACUUGCGAGGCAGUGGGAGCACAGCCAGAGCUGUCACUGCAGAGGUCAGAACCCAGUGGAAUCGUGUUUUUCCCAUUGCACUCUUUGUGGAGCACGUGCUCCUGGGGACCGAGAGCCAGAUUCCUGAGCUGUGUCAGCUGGUKACCAAGUACGUCUUUUCACUAGACAAGUGUCUUCAAGAAAACUCUGACCUCAAGACCCACAGGCCUUUUGUGGCUGUGMUGACCACUCUCUGUGAAUGCAAGGAGCAAGCCAGCAAGAGUCUGGCCAGGUGUGGAGUGCAGCUGUGCCCCACCUGCCUGGGAGACGCUCAUGAUCCUGUGUGUCUGCCCUGUGACCAUGUGUACUGCCUGAUGUGCAUCAAGAGCUGGCUUGUCCCUGGGCAGAUGAUUUGCCCCUCCUGUUUAACUGACCUGCCAGAUAAUUUCUCUGUGACAGUUUCCCAAGAGCACAG